AUGGGACGAGUUCCUUACCCCAUUCGACGACACAAUAGAGCUAUGAUUUCAGCCACAGCAGGAACUUGUGGUGGAGCUGGAUCCAGCGGAGAUGUUUCUCUCUAUUGUCACCCGGAUAUGCAUAUUUCCGUAUUCAUCCAUGAAUCAGCGCACUCUGCAGAUCGUGGCACGUCGGGAACAUCUGAUUGGCACUCUGCUGUUCAGCAGGAUUCAUGUGUACCUGAUCCCUAUGGUAAUUCCAAUUACGCCGAUAAUUUUGCUCAAGUGGCUGUUCUUUGGACCCACUUAGUCGGAGAAAGACAACACAAUAACUUGGGAGGAGAUCAGUUCGUCUGUAUGAAAAACCAAUUACAACAGAUAAGCAGAGUGUUAGAUGCCUGGCGUAUACAAGCGCCACGCAAUACACUUCAAGCAGGUCAACAACUUGAGCAGGAUGAAGCAUUAACAUCUCCGAACGGUGCCUACCGUUUGGUACUACAAGUUGAUGGAAACCUCGUGUUGUACGUUUCUGAGAAUACAUUACCGGCCAAUGCACUCUGGACGACAGGUUCAUUCAGAAGAGGUCCUCAUCGCUUUGAAGUACAGCGUGAUGGCAACUUGGUGAUCUACGACGGUAACAAUCAACCUAGCUGGGCGUCAAAUACACAUGGACAGAGCGCCAAUCAUGGCCAUUUGGCUCUGCAAGAUGAUGGCAAUCUAGUUUUCUACGACAACAAUCAUCAACCAAUUUGGGCUUCGAACACUUGUUGCUUUAUUGCUCCACGAGUAUAA